GACUUUUGCUCCAAACAAAACCUCAAAACCCAAAAAGUUCAUUUUCCAUCGCUCUCUCUCCUCUUUCCUUUGGUUGCCCAUCCGCACGUCCGCGUCGACUCCCGCCUCCCGCACCCUACCCAAUCCGUUACAGUAAUGUCUGCUGCCGCCGCUUCCACCCCCGUCGCCGCCUCCGCUGCCGCCCCUAAGGUCAAGACCGUCGCUCCCAAGCGCAUCGGCAAGGUCCAGAAGAAGAAGCCCCAGCGCUUCAUCGUCGACUGCUCCCACCCCGUCGAGGAUGCCAUCAUCAAGAUUGCCGAGCUUGAGAAGUUCUUCCACGACCGCAUCAAGGUCGAGGGCAAGAUCAACAACCUUGGCCGCCACAUUGCCAUCACCACCGAUGCCUCGAAGGUCACCGUUACUGCCAACGACAUCCCCCUGAGCAAGCGUUACCUCAAGUACCUCACCAACAAGUUCCUCAAGAAGUCCCAGCUCCGUGACUACCUCCACGUCGUCUCGACCAGCCCCACCACCUACGAGCUCCGCUACUUCAAGAUCGCCGCCGACGAGGAGGCUGACGAGUAAAGAAUCGCUCCCUGUGCUUUUGCUCGCGGGUCUGUGCUCUUGCGCUACCACCACAUUGUUAUUUUUGCCUUAAUACGAUUCUGCAGUUGUGUAUAUUCGAUGGAUCCUUGUUAUUCGGAUUACAGCAACUAGUUUUUUUGGCAAACAAAAAUUGAUUCAGAAACGAAAACUGAC